UUCAGAGUUUAUCUCUCACAAAUCUGCCUUUUUUCUUGCAAAUCUCAGAAUUGUGACAGAAAAGGUUGCAACUACCUUUUUACUUCGUGGCAGAAUCAAAAACAGAAUUGUGAGAUGUAAACUCAGGCAUAAUUUAGUCUGGCUGGAUUUCGAGCUGCGUAAAGAUGCCUUUGGAAAUGUAAAAAGCUCUCAAUUUCUUCCUGAAUGACGCAGGUAUAAUGCAGUUUACACACAAAUCAUGAAGACUGAGAACCAGACUUCAAAAAUCUGACAACGCACAAGUGUCAAGGUGAAGGUGUGUGAACUCACCUGCUCUCUUCGACAGCCCCCCGCUGCUCCCACUGCCCAUGCUGACCGCUGCUCACUGACCGCUGCUCACCUGCCGUGUGUCCUCGUGCCUCUCGCCCAAACCCAAAGCUGUGAGGAGACAGCGUUGUGUCUCGUGAGUCACGCAGCCGAAGACGAGCCGGAGAGCGUCUUAUCUCUCAUCAGGUCAUGUGUACAGCGAGGCUCUUAACGAGCUGUAGGUCACAUGACCCUCUCUGCUGGCUCUCACUGAGCAUGCUCAGUUCACUCACGGUGUUGUCAGGCAAAAGAGAAGACAGCAGUGGAACAGAGGAGAUCUGCGACAGAUAAACACAGACAGAGAGAGAGAGAGAGAGAGAGAGAGAGAGAGAGAGCAGGAGAGGGCUUCUGCUGUAUACUGGAUGGUCUGUGUGUGCCGUGUCUCUUGAUGUAUUGUGUUCUCCAUCCUCUGUGUGUCGUGUCGGAGGAGAAGCAUCCGUCUGAAGAAAGCUCAGAGCUGACGUCUCCUGUCGUCGCAGAGCGCCUGUUGUUUUGCUGAAAUGGAUCAGAAAACCUUCACACUGUCAGAGAUGCGUCUGUGAACACCAGAGCCGAUGGAGGUCAAAGGUCAGGGCUGGACGGAUGAAGAAUCAGAUGGAGAGAAUGAACCGGAGCAGUUUGUGUACGGGAUUCAGGGGAGCUGUGCAGCUGACCUGUACCGUCACCCACAGCUGGACGCCGACAUCGAAGCCGUAAAAGACAUUUACACGGACAGCGCUGUGUCCAUCAGAGAGUACGGCUCCAUCGAUGACGUGGACAUCGACCUGCAGAUCAACAUCAGCUUCUUGGAUGAGGAGGUGGCGACCGCGUGGAAGGUGAUCCGAACCGAGCCCAUCGUCUUACGCCUUCGUUUCUCUCUUUCACAGUACCUGGAUGGACCAGAACCAUCUGUGGAGGUGUUUCAGCCGUCCACUAAAGAAGGCUUCAGUUUGGGUCUCCAGCUAAAGAAGAUCCUCAGUACGUUCACGUCGCAGCAGUGGAAGCACCUCAGUAAUGAGUUCCUCAAAGCCCAGCAGGAGAAGAGGCACAGCUGGUUCAAAGCCGGAGGAACCAUCAAGAAAUUCCGAGCAGGAUUGAGCAUCUUCUCCCCGAUUCCCAACGUGAACUCAUCCGCUGGCUGUGGCCUCCAUCUUGGCUCCAGGUCUCCCAGUUUCCCCCUGAUCCAGGACUCGGUGUUGAAAGGCAAACUGAACGUGCCCGAGCUCAGAGUCCCCCGGCUCAUGAACCGCUCCGUCUCCUGUACCAUGAAGAACCCCAAGGGGGAGCUGUUUAGUUAUCCUCCGAACAGCCAGACUGUGGCUGUCCCGGCGGGCAGGGCCCCUGCGCAGAUUACCACCCGCCAGCUGAUUGAGUUGUUUUUCUCAUCCCAGGCGGGCGGACACUGCAAGAACAUCCCCACGCUGGAGUACGGCUUCCUCGUGCAGAUCAUGAAAUACUCUGAGCAGCGGAUCCCUACUCUGAACGAGUACUGCGUGGUGUGUGACGAGCAGCACGUCUUCCAGAACGGAUCCAUGCUGAAGCCUGCGGUCUGCACGAGAGAGCUGUGUGUGUUUUCCUUCUACACGCUGGGAGUGAUGUCCGGAGCGGCCGAGGAGGUGGCCACCGGCGCUGAGGUGGUGGAUCUGCUGGUGGCCAUGUGUCGCGCCGCUCUCGAGUCGCCGCGUAAAAGCAUCAUCUUUGAGCCGUAUCCGUCUGUGGUCGACCCCAGUGACCCCAAAACACUCGCCUUCAACCCAAAGAAGAAGAAUUAUGAGCGUCUGCAGAAAGCUCUAGACAGUGUGAUGUCUAUUCGGGAAAUGACACAGGGCUCAUAUCUGGAGAUUAAGAAGCAGAUGGAUAAACUGGAUCCUCUGGCUCAUCCGUUAUUGCAGUGGAUUAUAUCCAGUAAUCGCUCUCAUAUUGUGAAGCUGCCGCUCAGUAGGCAGCUGAAGUUCAUGCACACGUCUCAUCAGUUUCUGCUGCUGAGCAGCCCGCCAGCAAAAGAAGCUCGAUUUCGCACCGCAAAGAAACUCUAUGGCAGCACCUUCGCCUUCCAUGGCUCGCAUAUUGAGAACUGGCACUCAGUUCUGAGAAAUGGACUGGUCAAUGCAUCUUAUACUAAACUGCAGCUGCAUGGAGCAGCGUACGGGAAGGGCAUCUAUCUGAGCCCCAUUUCCAGUAUUUCCUUUGGAUACUCAGGAAUGGGGAAGGGGCAGCAUCGCAUGCCCACUAAAGAUGAGUUAGUCCAGCGAUAUAAUCGAAUGAACACCAUGCCACAGAGUCGUCCCAUUCACUCACGCUUCCUCCAGAGCAGGAACUUAAACUGCAUCGCUCUCUGUGAAGUGAUCACGUCUAAAGACCUGCAGAAGCAUGGGAACAUCUGGGUGUGUCCGGUGUCUGACCACGUCUGCACACGCUUCUUCUUCGUGUACGAGGACGGUCAGGUGGGAGAUGCUAACAUUAACACACAGGAGCCUAAGAUCCAGAAGGAGAUCAUGCGUGUGAUCGGCACCCAGAUCUACUCCAGCUGAAGGAGGACUUUCCUGAGAGUGACACGUUUAAGGGAUAAGCCCCGCCCACAACCCUUCGACUUCCCACAGAGCCGCUGUCAAUCAAAAACAGCCUGGCGCCUGAUUGGACGAGACGGUUGGCCAAUGAACUCGCAGGAGCGUGAAGUCGCACCUGUUGCUCGUUUGAUCCUCUUCAUAGCAGUUCGAUGGAUCUAUACACAUACAAACAAGAACGUCGUUUAAAAAUGUUUAUUAUUGGAUGUAAAUGAUGAAUCUGUGUUCGUAUCUUCUUCAUCUGUCUCCUCCGCUGCUCUUUCUGACUGAUGACAUUUAUUAAUAUCCCAGAUGUAUUUAUCUAGAAGUCUCCUGCUGGAAACAAUUUCCUGUCGUUCGUUGAUUUAUCGCCCGACAGAUCACGGAUGAGAGGACGUCGUUACUCACGUUUAGACUUUUCUCUUUUACGUGACGCCGUUUUGAUGCCGUCAUCAGGCUUUAUUUGGAUUCUCAGACAUUCCCAGGGCUUGUGGGUAAUUUUUCACAAACCCUGCAGAGGGAAGAUGUACAGUUGCAGUCAAACAUUUGGAAAAAAAUUUUCCAAUAGUAAAGUGUGCAAACUUAAUUAUUGUGUAAAUGCAUUUGCAUUUGUUGUCAAAAUUUGAAAUUAAUUUUAUUAUUUAUUUAUAAUCUAUAACUAAUUUCAUGCACAGUGGUAAUUGAUGGUGUGUUAUGUCCCAAGGAUUCAAAAUAAUCAUAAAAGGAUCACAAAUGAUGCAUAAUAAAUACAUUUAAAAAAUAACAACAAAAGCAAAGAAUAGAAAUUAUUCUAGUUGUAUUAAAGCCAUUUAAAAGUUUCAAGCCAUUCAAAGCAAUCAACGAUUAAGCUUAUAUUAGAUUUAAAUAUAUUUAUUAUUAAACCUGAUUCUGAAUCAUUAAUGAUUUAUGACAGUCAAUAAUUGUUUGCAGAUACUUUAAAAAUAGAUUAAAAAAAAAUAACACAAUUCUUGAAUUUUCACAAUUCUCAAAUAUUUAUUUUGUUUUAUUUUAUUUAUUUUUCUUUAUUUUUUUAUUUUAUUUUUUUGCAUGGAUAAAUUAUUUCUACAAUAUUCCAUAAAAAAUAAGAAUAAUAAAAAAAGAAAAAAAAAAGAGAGAGAGAGAAUCCUAGACAUUCCUCUUACAUAGGCACCACUUUUUUUUUAUCUACAAAACUAUUUUCAGUCAUUUAAGCAGAUGCUUUUUAGGAUCAUUUUUUAAUGUCUUUUAUGUCCAAAUGUUGGUCUGCAGGUGCGUCUCCUUCUUCUGUUUCUCGUCCCGGAGCAUUAAGGGAUUGUAAAUGAUUAUAUGGUGUUUAUUUGAGGCUGUUGCACUGAUUCUCUCAUGCAGCUUUUCUUCUGGAUCUGUGUUGGAUGUUCAGGCUGUUAAUAAUGAAGAUGGGACAGGACGAAUGCUCUCUGAUGUGUGUGAUGUACAACAGACCCGUCAGAGCUCCUGCUGUAAGAACUGUGUUGUACAGGUGCACUGAACUGAAUUAAUAAAGAGAGAUUUUGCACAA